CUGGAGAUACCUGGGCAUGGCACUCGUUACGAAUGCUCCUCUUCGGCGGCCAUUCCCCGCCCAAUCCGGAAACUCAGGAACGCCGGAAACCAAAGACGGUGGUGGCUUUCCUCGCGCCAAAGAGGGGAAAAGUGGGAGUAGUUGCAAUCUCAUCUCUGCUACUCAGAGAGCCGUUCCGUCGAAUUCAUACUCGAGGCCAUGUCUGCACAAAUUGCGUGCUCUCUAGUUCUUCCGCUCUUGCUUCCUACAAGUUCCCCUUUUGGAUCCUCGAACAAGCAUACCGUAGCUGGUCGGCCCACGAAAUUCUGGAAGGUAGCUGCGAGCUUCUCCAGAUUCAAUCCCAAAACCGUCCGAUUGCGACACUCCGUUCGGAUUUCGGAUGGUUUCAGGAAGGGAAAAUGCCAAGCCGCCGGAGAAGGCGCUCGAACGGGCGGCGAAGGGAGCGUCGUCUACCAAGGGAUGUAUGGACCGUGGUCGAUCGAUGCUGCAGACGUCCGUGAGGUAAUUCUCUACAGAUCUGGAUUGGUGACUGCAUCAGCAACGUUAAUAAUUGCUGGGUCAGCGGCUUUUCUACCUGAUGGCGUCUUCAAGGAUUUCAUAAGAGCAUAUAUUGACUUAUUAUACGCAAUUGGGGCUGGAGGACUUGGGUUGUCGCUGGCGUUGAUUCACAUAUAUGUCACCCCUAUCAAACGCACCCUUCAAGCAUUCUGGGUUCUGGGAGCUAUUGGAUCACUCGUUACAUAUCUUACCCUUGCUCAGCCUGCUGGUGAGAGCUUGACACAGUAUGUCAUUAAUCAGCCAACAGCUGUAUGGUUUGUUGGGCCUCUUUUUGCAGCCUUAACCGGACUUGUGUUCAAGGAAGGUCUCUGCUAUGGAAAGUUGGAAGCUGGUGUCUUGACAUUUCUCAUCCCCACAGUGCUUCUCGGACAUCUGACAGGAUUAGCCAAUGACAAUGUGAAAAUUUCACUGCUGGCGGUGUGGAUGCUUUUUUUCAUGAUAUUUGCGUCAAGGAAGUUUACACAGCCUAUUAAGGAUGAUAUAGGUGACAAGUCUGUGUUCAUGUUCAACUCCCUCCCAGAGGAAGAAAAGAAAGCCCUAGUUAUGAGACUUGAACAAUUGAGGGAGAAGCUUGAAUAGCAGAAUAUCUCUAGGAAGGCUUGUAGAUGGAUGGCCUAUUUGCUGCAUGUAACCAGUGAGUUUCUACAGUUUGUAGAUAAAAACUUGAGGUUUUUUGCACAUAUACCCAGCAUCCCACUGACUGUUCUUGAUGUUAUUGUUAAUACAAGGUAUUUACCACAAGGAAACUUUCAGCUUCUUAAA